UAUAUCAAAAAGUUUCUAUAUGAAGCUACAAGAAAUAAAAGAAAAUUUUUCGAACGACACCCAUUUGAAAUUCGAACACAUAAAGAAAAGAUGCGCAAGCACAGAUGAUAUAUGUAAAAGUAAUAACGUUAUAGUCUGUGCAAUUAGAAUUGUUGAUGGUGAAACACAAUAUAAAGAAUUUGAAAAUUCAUGCUAUUUAUUUAUGAAUAAUAUGUGCAAGAAUCCUGGACAAGAAUUUCAUAUUGCCUCGAGCGGCACUUGUGAAAAAUAUUUGGAAUCGCGCAGAAAUAGCGUCAACGAAUUGUUGCCUGUUAAAAAUGUAACAGAUAAAAAACCUAAUCUUCGCUCUUCAGAAUUUAGCACAUUAUACGAUAUAGAUUCAGCAUUUGAUUACCAUCCUUGCCCCUUGUCGUGUCCUGAAACCUAUGCUCCCGUCUGUGUGAGUGUCAACAGAGGAUUCGGGAAAUAUUUCAAAUUUUACACAUUUGUAAACCAUUGUUCAGGAGAUUUGUAUUACUGUAAACAUUGGCAGGACUUCAGUCCACCGCCGAAUGAAGACGAAAAUGUCGUAAGUUCUAAUCUUGGUUGGUCGUUUUGUGGUUCAUCCAGGUACCUACAGUUCGCGCGCUUCUCAGAGGUUGCAUCAUCUAUGGGACAUUACGGAUGGUUGGCGGGAAAUUACAAAUAUUCUCAUAUAAUGGAACCACACGAGAGAAAGGAAGGAUAUGGAAGGUAAUUAAAUAGAAAUAAGUUAACGACAAUGAUUUUUAAAAUAGAGGU